AACAAGUCUCCCAAAGCAUGAGAGUUGGCCCCUUGAUGACUCUCAGAGAGUUUAUGCAGGGUCGAUCUCUCUGGAUCGUGAUCCUGACUCGAUUCCUCUUGAAAAGACAUUCAAGAAUGGCUGUUUACGGCUGUUUUUACCCAGUGCAGAUGGACACCUUAGUUUCCUUACUAAUCAAGAAGAAUCUGUGCUUUGUCAGAAUCCUGUUGAUGAGCAAGUCCAUCAACCUGAUGUCAUUAUAGGUGGAUUGGUUAGUAUAAAACGUCAUAAGCCUCAGUGCCGCUGCUGUAAAGGAGAACGAGCAGACAUCGAAGAAAGGACAUGCACCAAAGAAAUGCCUUUCAUAAACCCAGCAACACUGCAAGGGGUUAGAGGUGUAUUUGAAACAAAAUUCCUCCAGGAAAAGGAUGGGGAUGGGUGGGGGAUGUACUUUAGGUUUGACAUGCCGGAUUUCAGUGCUGGAAGAAUGUGCGAAGUGAAGGUGGAGAAGAAACGGUGUAUAAUUUUUGGACCGAUGGGCUCGAAAGAGUAUCACCUUGAUGAAGGAGGGCGGUCUUACUAUUGUAAACUGUCCUUAAGCUGUGAUUGUUGCUGCUUCGUCUCAGAGACUGUAACACAUGAGCUGAGAGAUGGUGUUAUGAGGAUGUGGUUCAGAAUUUUACCGAAACACAAAAAGAAUUCUUCAAAAAACAGGAUCAGCACUUCUUCCUCAUCACGGCAUGUGAGAAGGAACUCUCGCCAGGCCUAAUCUGGGACCUUGAUGCAGCUAGCUUUGAACUGUUGAGCAUUGAUCAGAAUGAUAAACACGGCAAUCUUCUGUUACUAGGUUCAUUUCAUUUUUUAACGUUUAUUAGAGGAAUGUAAGUGCAAGGUCUAUUAUACGCUUGGGUGAUUUUUAUGGCAGUGUGAAUGUGAAGCAAAUCAACCAAAAACACUGGGUGCCAGAGAUUCUGUACAAUAGGUUGCUCUUAUCAUUUAAAGAUGCCGAAAUCAACUCCCACAAAAUCUAAGAUUCAUAA